UCUGCCGGAGUCCUCUCUCAGUGACUGCUCGGGAUUGACACAGGAACAGAGCGGGUCUGCAGAGAGAGAGAGAGGGAGAGAAAAGAAGAGAGAAGAACAAACUUCUGGGCACGGUCUCCCCUCAGAGUAAUUUGGCAUGGCGUCAGCGGCCCCCCAGAAGAGGAUGGUGUCCUCAGUCUUCAUCACACUGGCAACGCCGCACCGGGCCACCGUCACCCCGAGCGCGCGGCGGGGCAGCACGCACAGCGCCGCGCAGAGGGACGAGCACACGGCCACGCGGGCCAGUCCCAGGGACGGCCCCGCUGGCGGCCUCCCACCCGCCGCGCCCCACGACCCGCCCAGAGACGCUCCCGCCCCGGCCCCCGCCGCCUCUCACACUCCCUCACCCUCCAGCUCCAUCCCGCCCAGCCCCACGCCCACGCCGCUGCCCCCGGCCACCGGGGCGCCUGCAGGCCAGGGGGCAGUCAGAGACGGCAGCACUGAGGAAUUCCUUCCACCUCCUCCCCCUCCCCCGAUGGCACCAGACUCUGAGCUUUGUACAGACCUCGGGCCCCCUCUGCCUCCCCCUCCUCCCCUCGAACCAUCAACCAUCAUCCAACCCGAGCCCCCCCUCCCGGUCAGUCAGAGCGAACCUAUCCAUUCUGCUUCCCAGAAGGGUUCUGCUUCUGAACAGCAGCCUGGGGAGAGGGCGCUCCCUGGUGGUGGGAACCCAAACAAUCCAACGGAAAGAAUUCAGCCCGGCCCGGAAGAGGAGGCAGAACCCGAGAGCCGAGACCUGUGUGGCUUUUGCCGAAAGCUGGUGGCUCUCACUGAUCCUGCCAUCGAGGCCCUGAACAGGACGUACCACGCAAACUGCUUCCAGUGCAGACAGUGCCAGGUCCCUUUGGCUGGGAAGAUGUACUACAAUAAAGCUGGGAUACCACUUUGCGAGGACUGCUACCUGGCCAGCCUGGAGCAAUGUUGGGCAUGCGGGGAAGUCAUCAAGGACCAUGUAAUUCGGGCACUGGGACGAGCAUACCACCCGGCCUGCUUUAUUUGCACAACGUGCAGCCGACCAAUCGGAGAAGAGAGAUUUGCUCAGGGGGAGGUUGGGGAAGUGUACUGUCUUCCUGACUACUACAGGAAAUACGCGCCCCAGUGCAGUGCGUGCCAGCAGCUGAUCAUCCCCAGUGAGGACGGCAAGGACAGCUUCACCGUGGAGUGCCUGGGCCGCUCCUUCCAUGAGGACUGCUACCGUUGUGAGAUCUGCAGCAUCUCGCUGUCUACCGAGCCAAACGAGCAGGGCUGCUACCCUCUGGAUGGACGGAUUCUCUGCAAGCCAUGCCACAUGACCAUGCUCCAGGAAGGCCAUCCCUAAGGAGACUCAUCGAAGAGGACACGCCCCCAGAGAGGGGUCGGGGACACAUCGAGGACAGUGAAAUCCACUGUGGGGCAACAGAACGAUCUAGAGUGCUGAGCUUGUGGGUCCUUGUCUGUUUUCAAGUACUUAAUGGGACGGAAAAAUAGAAUGGGACCACUGAAUGUCUUGAUAUUUUAACAUUCAUAAAAAAGGUCAUUGUACCUAUUUAAAGAGAAAUCUUUGCGUACAUGAUAUAUGUAGCAAUGUAUGAGUUUUGUCAUUGAUUUCUGAUAUUUUCCAAUUCUUAAUUGUUCAUGUAUUGUGCACUCUUUUUAAAUACA